AUGGCUGUGGAAGCCGAAGGUUUGGAGGAGCUUGUGUACUCCGGACCAGACUUUCCCGAAGAACUAGACGAAUUCCUCGCCUACGGUGUGAGGGAGCGUGAAGGCGACUUCGAGGCAAUUUCUGAAGACUUCCUGGAGAUAGCCCAGGGCCUGGACCAGGAGCUAGUAGAGCGCGCCUACGAGUUUUACUCGCCUGAAGCCUUGCGCCAACGCUGGAACUUCUUGACCACCACCCCCUGCACCGCUGAGGGUAGCGGAAGUUCCUCGAGUGCAGGCCCAGCCUCAGCCACUGAGCAGCGAGUGAGCACAGGGAACGGCAGAAGUUACCUCCCCGAUGAGAUGCCCCACUUAUCCUUCUUUUCAGAAGAUGUGAGAGACCAGAUCAAAGCAAUCUAUGAUGAUGUGCAGGCGAAACUGCCGUCCUCAUAUCUAGAUCAGGCUGACGAUGAAGAUGAGAUGCCCACUGAGCAUCCAGAAUCAAUCGCGCCAGAAAUGUCCGCCAGUGGCAAGAGUCACAGUUGUGACGAGGAUGAAGGACAGGCUGAGGGUCACGGCGGUAGCCCAGAUGAUAGAGACAUCUCUGAUAGUGAAUCAGAUCUCUCGGAUAGUAUGGAGGAUACGGCUGUGUUCCUUUUUGGUACAGCAGAUCUGAACGAGAUUCUGGCUGAUCUUUCGCGGCCCGAAGUUGAUGCUUGCUUCCUGCAGCCAGCUGUACUGGAAGAGGCUUUGUCCACCAAGCCGGCCAGAAAUGGCCUUGAUGAGGGUCACGACACUGUACCAUCAGAUGGUGAGUCUGAGAAGGCAUACCAGGCAAAGCGCCGAGCCUUGAAGGACUCCAGCAAACGUUUGGUUAGAAACAGCUUUGGAGCUGAGCAAGAUCAAAUCAGACAAAUGCGCUCACCACCGGAACCGGUCAGGUACAAGAUGAAGUCUGACAACACUUCUCAAAUCUCCGGCGCAUCUAGAACUCUGCAGCAGCUGGUUGGUCCAAACGAUAGCGAGGCAGAGACAGAUGCCGCAGAGACGGAGUCAAAUGCUAGCGAGGAUGCGGAUUAUGAAGAAUACCAAGAUGUCCACAUUCGCACAAUGCUGCAGCUGCUUCGCCAGGCGCCAAAUGGCGAUUGUCCCUGGGAUGUGUGGCUGGAAGCAACUCGUGCAUGGCCACAGCUCAAGAUUCGCUUGGAUGACCCAGUGUUCUCCCGACGAGGACAGGGCCUUCGUGUGCAAUUUAGCGUGGACAAGUUGAGGUCAGCGCUUGAGGAGGAGCGAGCUGAAAGGCUGGCCAGAAAUGAUAAGCGCAAGGAAAAGCGCGCAAGGCAAGGGGUUGUUGAGUUGAUCCGAGAAGCUGAGCGGCGUAGAGACUUGAUGGGCGGGCGCUGGGACUUGAAGGACGUUGUUUUGGUCACGACAGCAUAG